GGAAGAUGUGGAACACAUUGGUUUAAGUUGUGGCCCGACGAAGGGGAGCAAAGAAUGCCCUUGGACGGAGGAGUGGAAGAUUGAUUUUUCUAAACUCGACAUCCAGAAAAUUGUUGCUCACGGGACUUAACUGUAUUCGGAGGAACAUAUGACAACCAAGCUGUCGCAGGUAAACAUCCUUUUCGCUUUUGAUUUUGCUUCUGCUGCUUACAUUCCGAUAGUGAAGAUAUUGGAGUGGGGGGAUGACCCUGUUUUGAGGGAAUCAUUUCGGCAAAAAGUUGAUGCUUGGCACAAGCUUCACCAUCCUAAUGUUACGAAAUUUGUUGGGGCUUCAACAAAAGCUAUAAGUCUUCAGAUUCCUUCAAAAUCAAAAGUCUCUUCAAUGAAUCAUCAAAACUCCAUUUCACCUACGGAUUGUUGUGUUGUUGUUGAGUAUCUUCCUGGUGGGACAUUAAAAGAGUUGUUGAUGAAGCACAACAAAAAGAAACUUCCCUUCAAGGAUGCCAUUCACUUAGCUUUGGAUCUCUCUAGAGGGCUUAGCUAUCUACACUCCAACAACAUUGUGCAUCAAGAUGUCAAACCUGAAAAUAUGUUGAUAGAUGCUCACAGAAGUCUUAAAAUUGCUGAUAUUGGGGUUGCACGUGUUAAAGCUCGGAAUCCAAAUGAUAUGACUGGGGAAUUAACUAGUACUGUCGAAUACAUUGCCCCAGAGGUUAUUGAAGGGAAGCCAUACAAUAAAAGAUGUGAUGUCUAUAGCUUUGGCAUCUGCUUGUGGAAAAUUUACAGUUGCGAUAUACCAUACCCCGAUCUUAGCUCUGCUGACAUAUCAUCUGGAGUUGUUCAUCAGAAUCUGCGACCCGAUAUCCCGGAAUGCUGUCCAAAUUCUCUGGCAAAAGUGAUGAGGAAGUGCUGGGAUAGAAAUCCAUCCAAACGCCCUGAAAUGCAUAAGGUUGUCGAAAUGUUGGAAGCCAUUGAAAAGAGUAAAGGAGAGGGGAUGGUUUCUCCUAACAAAGUCUCUUGCAGCUUCUGUUUCAGCCCUUUCGGCACGCCCAGUGGUCCUUAAUUCACUUGGACUCUCAUCACUUAAUGUGAAGAUAUUGGACUGGGGGGAUGGCCCUGUUUUGAGGGAAUUUUUUCGGCAAAGAGUUGAUGUUUGGCACAAGCUUCACCAUCC